CAUUCAUUAUGCAUUUAGCUUGUUUGUUUUCUUCUUUGUGGUUUCAUGAAUUAGUUUAACCAUGUCUAACGACAAGCGCACCAUUUAUGUGGGCGGCCUGGCCGACGAGGUCACAGAGAGACUGUUGAACAAUGCCUUCAUACCGUUUGGCGAUAUUGCAGAUAUCCAAAUGCCGGCGGACUACGAAUCACAACGACAUCGAGGAUUCGCAUUUAUAGAAUACGAACAGAGCGAGGAUGCGGCUGCGGCCAUGGAUAAUAUGAACGACUCGGAGCUCUGCGGACGCACAAUUCGCGUGAACUUGGCGAAACCAGUGCGCGUUAAGGAGGACAGUUUCAAGCCUAUCUGGGCAGAUGACGACUGGUUGCAGAAGCAUGCGGGAGCCACGUUGCAGCCAGAAGGCGGCGAACCGGAGGCAGAGAAAGUGGAAACGCCAUCCACGGGGCCGGCAGUCAUCGAAAAGGCAGAGAAACGUAAUCCACAAGUCUACUUUGACAUACGGAUUGGUGGCAAUGACGCCGGUCGCAUUGUGAUGCUCCUCCGGGCAGAUGUGGUACCGAAGACGGCGGAGAACUUUCGGCAAUUGUGCACCCACGAGCAGGGCUACGGCUACAAAGGCUGUUCCUUCCACCGCGUGAUACCCGAGUUUAUGUGCCAAGGAGGCGACUUCACCAACAACAAUGGCACUGGCGGCAAGUCCAUCUAUGGCAAAAAGUUCAACGAUGAGAACUUCAAUCUGAAACACAACAGUUUUGGAACUCUUUCCAUGGCCAACUCGGGCGCCAACACAAAUGGCUCGCAGUUUUUUAUAUGCACCACAAAAACAGAUUGGCUGGACAACAAGCACGUCGUCUUUGGCCAUGUCAUCAGUGGCGCCGAGGUGGUGCGCAAGAUGGAACGUUGUGGCUCCAAGUCGGGCACUCCCAGCCAAAAGAUUGUCAUAUACUCCUGUGGAGAACUAAAAUAAAGAAGCUUCCCAACUAGUGUA